AUGGAAGACUUUUUAACAAAACUGAAGAUAAUAUCUGAACAAUAUAAUAAUUUGUUAUUAGAAAAAAAAAUAAUAGACAAACGAAUUGCAAGCAUAGAAGAAAACAUAACUAAAUAUGAAGAAACAAAACAAAAAUCCAUAAAAGAAGUAGAAUUUAAAAAAAAUCAACUAUUAAAAAAUAAAAAUAAACAUUUAAUAAAAUGUCAAAAAAUGGAACAGCUAAACAAUAGAUUAAAUGAAAUACUAAUAAGAAAACAAAGUAUAGAUGAUGAAGAAGAAAAGAAGAUAAUAAAAAAACAAAUUGACAUGGUUAGCAAUACAUAUGUUUUACUAAAAAAUAUUCAGAAAUUAAAUGAUGUUAUAAUAAAAAAUAAUGAAUAUUACAAAGUCAUAACUGAUAAGAUUCAUAAUAAUGGUUUUAAUAAUAAAAAAACAUUAAAUAUUUUAAAUUGCUUUUUAAAUAAAAGCAGAGCAAAUAUUCAAGAUAAAGAUUAUGAUAAUUCUACAAAUAAUUUAAAAAUAAUACCAACUAAUGAAAUAACUAAAAAUUUAAUUUACUUGUUUUCAGAAAAUCACACAACCUUAAUUUUAGAAAAACAACAAUUCUUAUUUGUACUUUUAAUGAAUAUUUUAAAAAAAAUUCUAGAAUCAAAAAAAGACACAUAUGAUGAAAAUACAUCAAAUGAAGUGAUUCAUAAUUUUUUAUAUCAGAAUUAUAUAUCACUACAAUAA